UUAAAGUGAUUUGUUUGUUCAAAUAUGGCGACUGAAGUUUCCUCCCUUGUCAGAAUAUAUAAUCAUCGCCAGAAAACUCGAAUCAUAGUGGGAGGUGCUUAUUUAAGUUCACUCGGCCAUAUCAAAUCAUCUGUCAAUCCUCGUAUUGUCUGAGCGUAUACCUGAUUGGUUCAUGUGCUCGAAGUAAUUAGCAUAAUCUAAGGAAUUCAACCRGAAUUCAAAAUGGCGGCUGGUCGCGAAAGACGAGAAAAAGGGUUUUAUUCAACUUUAAACAAUGUUUCUUCUGCGGAUAUUCUUCCCAAGUCUCAAACUACUAGAAUCAAAGGAAAGGGGAGACUAUGGGAAGUGGAGCGACUCAUCACGAAGCGAGAAAAUGUUACGGGGACUACUGAAUACUUAGUUUUGUGGCGGGGAUAUUCUCCUUUCGAUUCCACCUGGGAACCAGAAGAAAAUAUUUCACUUGAUUGUGUCCGGUUUUUCAAUAAUCCAGUAAUUGAGGAAACUAUCAUUUUUUCAGAAGUAACUUCAUUCAGGGUUGCGGUUGAGAAACACCUUAAAUCAAAAUCAAGGCUUCCAGUAACCAUCUCAUUCAGGGGAGACGUUUAUAAAUCCCUUUUUGAGGGAAAAUGGACACUUHAUGAGAGAUGGCACUUGUUAGAAAAGUCAGCUUUCCCAAGGAAGUAUUUUCCAGAGUUUUGGGAUUACUCUGCAGAUUCCCAUGGCCAGGGGAUAAAAGUCUUUUACCCCAUGAAAGUUAGAUCUUAUAUCUCCCGGUCACCCAAAAAAUAUAGUGUACUUGAAGGGCACCAUCCAACACCAAGAGCAUUUCAGGAGAAAUUGACUUUUUCUUUCAUAAAAGUAGCUCUUGGUGAUGAUUCUAAUAAUUAACUUAUACCCUUUAAGCUUAUAUCUCUUAAUAAGAAUUCAUAAAUGAAUACUGUAUUAUAAAUAAUCAAUGAACAAAGCACAAUAGAAAAUCUUAAUCAUAUUCAAGUCUGUAAAUCAGAUACAGACUCAUCCUCAUUUGCAUUCCACUUAAUAAACAUAGAUAUUUUGGCACUAUGCUGAUAUGGCUAGCCAUUAUAAAUGCCCAUGA